AUGGCGGAAAUGUUAGCAGAGCUACUGGAUGUCCAGCGGGUGGCGUCCGACAAAGAUGCAUUGGAGUACCUCGCUCACCUGGCUGAGCAAUCGGUCGAAGCUCUGCGAUCAUCCGAGCCACAACGGCUAGCUCAAGCAUCGCAUACAAUGCUGCUGUCCACACAGAGCUUGUCUAAGCGAUCUUACAGGCCUAUCGUCAACUCGGCUACAACUCAUGCCUCUUUGAAGAAGAGUCUUCCGACUGUUGCUCACAUAUCGGCCGAGCUGAGCCAAGCGGUUCCGCGGCUUGAUUCACAGGCUGAGCACUUCUCAGAUUCGUUCGGAAAGGCAAUGGGAAACACCACUUUGGUCAAGAGGAAAGAGGCUUUGCGACUUUUGCACAAUUCAGAAAGGCUGGUCGACGUCAUGGAGCUACCUCCACUCCUCACAUCCGCCAUGUCCGCAAACCCGGUCAACUAUGCAUCGACUCUUGACCUCUACGCCCAUAUCCGCCGGCUUGCCUCACUCUAUCCCGAAUCGCCUUUGAUCACAUCAAUCCUGAGGGAAGCGGACACCGCAAUUCGUCGGAUGGCAUCAGAUUUAGUCGGUGCCCUCAAAGCUCCGAAUCUGAAGCUCGCAGCUGCAUUGCGGACAAUUGGUUGGUUGAAACGUCUGAUACCUGACCUUGUCUCGGACGUAUCGCCUCAAGAAUCUCUACCGCCUCUGUUCCUGGUUUGUCGGGUGGCCACGCUUGUCUCGUUGCUCGAUGCAUUAGGACCCCUGCGCGAGUUGGCCGAUGAGGAGAGGUUACGCCAGGGUAAAUCCGCGCAAUCAUCUUUCGGGGGCCAGCAGACUGAAAGAUACCUAAAACGCUACAUCGAGAUCUUUCGGGAACACAGCUUUAGCAUUGCAUCUGUUUUCAAGAAUGUCAGCGCGAGCUUCAGCUCAACUGCUGCCGCUCUUGAUGACCAAGACCCGUUACAGCCUUUGCCGUCGACGCUCGCAACACUUCCUAUUCACUUGGUUGACUUGCUCCUCGAGACUUUGCAGACGUACUUGCCCACUGUGCAAGAUCAAGCGGCCCGUGAGAGCAUCUUGACGCAAAUGUUGUACUGCUCGGGUAGCUUGGGCAGACUUGGCGCUGACUUUGGAAUGCUUCUAGCCACGAUAGGCGUUGGCGAGUGGGUAGAUUUGGUGAAGCGCCACCGACUACUCGCAGGCCGUCUUGAGUCGGUCAUUGGUGACUACAAUCGCGGGCAACCUCGCACCCAUACAAGCACGCACUUGACUUUGACAUUGUCGCGGGGCACGAUGCAGAGUCGACAUUUCGUUUCUGGUCUUGGAUCGGGCAUCGCGUCGGCCGUGAUCUUGCAGCCGCUUGAUCUGUUGAAGACACGAAUGCAGCAGUCUGGGCGGUCCAAUCUUGCGCAGGCCAUCCGUGACUUGCGAGGAACAUCUGGUGUUCUCUCCGGGCUUUGGAGAGGCACCAUUCCAUCAGCCCUGCGGACUGGGCUCGGCUCAGCGGUGUAUUUCACCACGCUCAAUGCCAUGCGGCAAGAAGCUGCCAAGUCCACCCUUUUCGGGCGCCGUAACUCGCCAACUUCCGGUUCAUCGGCGCUGCCUACCUUGAGCAAUUCAGCAAAUCUCGUGUCGGGCGCAGCAGCUCGCACUUUUGCGGGUUUCAUUCUCAUGCCGCUCACAGUCAUCAAGGUCCGAUUCGAGUCUACCUAUUAUAAUUAUACCACGGUGUGGGCAGCAGCGAAGGGCAUCCGACAAGCAGAUGGCUUCCGAGGUUUCUUCUCAGGAUUCGGAGCAACAGCCUUGCGCGAUGCACCUUAUGCUGGCACCUAUGUUUUGGUCUAUGAGCUGCUCAAACCUAGGCUCGGGCGUCUGCUCUAUGGUCCGACCCGGGAUAGUUCUGAACCGACCGCUAUGCGUGCCUCCGUAUCAGGCUCUGUCAACUUCGCUUCAGCAACACUAGCAGCUGGCAUUUGCUCCGCCCUUUCCAACCCCUUUGAUGCAGUCAAGACGCGGAUCCAGCUUCAGCCGCAAAAGUACAAGAACCUCGUUCAUGCUGCACAAAAAAUGUUUGCCGAGGAUGGCUUCCGUUCAUUUUUUGAUGGACUGGCCCUCCGUAUGAGCCGGAAGGCUAUGAGCUCCGCGCUGGCGUGGACUGUGUACGAAGAACUGAUACGAAGAUCAGGCAUCUUGUAA